GUGAAUUGAGGGGAAUGCUCUCGGUUCGCUUUCAUUUCUGGUUCUAUGAUCUCUGAUCUGUUCGGCUGGCAGGAUGGUGGUUCUAAAAGGGAUCCCCUUUGUUAUAUCACCCGAUCUGCUGUAUGUUCUCGCCAAAAUGGGCCAUGGGGAUGAACUGGUUCUUGCAGAUGCCAAUUUCCCCACAUCUUCUAUUUGUACCAGUGGUCCAAAAGAGAUACGAGCUGAUGGUUUGGGAAUCCCACAGCUUUUGGAGGCUAUUCUAAAGCUGUUGCCCUUGGAUACCUACGUCCCUAGCCCGGCAGCAGUCAUGGAUCUGGUAGACAGCGACAAACAGAGAUGUUUAGCUGUCCCUGUGUGGGAGAAUUACACACAGCUGCUCAGCCUGGCAGGCUCGGAGAGUCCUCUGGAGAAAAUGGAAAGAUUUGCUUUUUACGAACGAGCCAAAAGGGCCUAUGCUGUCGUGGCAACAGGGUGUGUUAAACAAGGGAAACAUCUGAAAAAUGCAGGACAUCUAGCCCUCAUAGUAGAUGGUGGGUCUGGACAAGGGCUGCAAGACCAUCAGAAACAAUGGAAAGAUUAUAAAGUGAACAUUAGUCACUGUCGGUCUGGAGCUCCAUGCAAGGUCUUGCCUCAUAGGGUGAGGAUGAUCAUGAGACAGGGAAACUGCUCUGUAUGGGAACUUGAUACUGAAGAAAGGAGUUAUUCCUGCUGAGCUGCUGCAGUAAAGCAAACAUAGUUUUGACAGAGGUUUCUAUUUUGAAUAUUUUUUAGGAAUCUGAGUCACAUGUUUAAUUGUUAUCUGUUGAAACAAAAAUGUAUAUGUUUUUAAAUUGAGAUUGUUUUGGAUUAUGUUUGUUUGAUUGUUUUAGAGUUUACAUUCAAAGCUCAGAAAAAUCAAUAUUUUAUUCUUCUGUAAUUAAUAUGACAAACAUGGUGAUUGCUCUCCAUGGAGAAGAUAUGAUCUUGUCUUCUGUGCUUUCUCUCAUUUUCUUCAUUAAAUGAAAUCUGAAGUCUUU